AAGAAUGGGCGGGAGUAGCAGAAGAGUUGUGAAGAUUAUUGGCUGGCAGGAGUGGUGGGCGGGGCGUAGGCCGAGCUGCCUCAUUUAUUGGUGGAAUUUGAACCCCUCGUUUUCUCGUUUCUGCCACGUUGACUUAGAGCCCGGCGGUGUUUAGCUCCGUUGUCUGUACCUGUGUCCUCGGAAACCAACAGAUUGGAAGGACUUUAAAAAAUAUGGCAGAAAAGAGCCAAAAGCUGAAGAUAGCUCGCUGUAUCACCGAUCUUCUUAGCUUACCAUGGUCUACUACUUAGCUCUACUUCUUAGCUCUACCAAGAUUUUAGUUUGGACGAAUUUGAGGUUAUUGGGGGCAACAGCAGGUGGCAAAUCAGGCUCGGUGGAAAGGGGCAAAUACAGGUUGGCUCCAGUUGAAACGGCUUGAACGGCGUCCCUGUGACUGACUGCACCAAUUACGAAAGCGAUGACGUCUGUGUGUUGUUAUGAGGUUCUCGAACUGAGUGUCUAGAAAUGCGAAGAUCUAGAGUUCCCACCUUUCCUAAUUACAUUUGUCCUACCUCAUCGACUGGACUAUAAGCUUCACAGACUUAGGAACAGGCCUUCGAUAUUUUGAAUCACCUUUACAUGGAGCACAAAGAUGAUGACGAUGAUGAUGUGUCUUUUGCCAAAUGGAUGAGCAGCUUCUGGGGUCACAGCUGGAUAGAGGAGGAUGAGAGAGGACUCCGGGACCGCCAUGGAUCACAAGACUCCAGUUACAGGAAAACCUCCCUGCCCUGCCCAGAGAAAGCUCCUACUGAUCAAGAAGAUAAAAUUUCAGUCCAACAUGAGAUUUGUUUGUUUCCUGUGCUUCCCAGCAUGAUGUCAUCUGACAGCCAUCCUAGAAGGCAUUCUUAUGAGGACCAGGGAUUUCAAUGCCAUACUCACAUGCGGGAUUACAGAAAAUGCUCAGGGGAUGGGUCAUUCAAGGAGCCACUGGAAUCAAAAAGAAGAUCCCAUUCCAAAAUUCAGGUAUUUUCAGAGUCCUUUGAACAGCAACUCUGCUUUAGAACCAAAUGUUCUUUCUCUUCGGGACCUGAGAGCAGAAAGGAGAGAAAUGAGAGAGAAUGCGGGGCACUGGAAAUGAGGUCUUGCAAGAAAGCGGAGGAAAGAAGGAGCUCUAGGAAGGAAGAGCGUGGAGAAGCAUACCUGCCCGCCCUGUCUGAAAAGGGGCCCAAAUAGUACUUUGUUUCCACACCAUGACUACUGAUGCUGCUGUGUUUUUUGAGCCCCAAUUCACCAGGCCCAGGAGUGGUAGCUGUAAAGAGUCUGCAGAUGCUGAGUGACUCAAGUGGGUGGUUGAUUCAGCUGCUCCCAAGACAGCUUGCAUCAUAACUCCAGCUGCUUUACAGAGAGUGAUCUGCUCUGUUGCCCUUUUAUGGGAAUAAAAAGGAUAAAAGGUAUUUUAAUAGCAUAAAGUAAUUCUUGAAAAUGUGAAGGAGAUAUUUUAAAAGCUACCCACACAUCUUCCCCAACCCUUC